AUGCCCUUCAACCUCCUCAAACUCACCUCCAUAUCUUCUUCUCUCCACCUCCACCACCGGCGCCAAUACUGGUGGCUUGGCUACGCAAUCGCCACCGGGAGAUCUAGGACGCCACCUGCGAUGUGCUCGAGCUGGUGGAGGACUACAACCUGUGCAACCCCAGUGUACGAUAAUAAUAGCAACGAUAAUAACAGUAAUAACAGACUAGGGUUUCGUGGUCAGAAUAAUUUGAGGUAUUCAUCCAAAGAUAAAGGAGGAAAGCCGUUUAACGGUGGUGGUAGAGUCAGUAUGGGAUCCGUAAACAAUGAUAACAGAGAUGACAAAUGGACAACGGAGAAUGAUCGCGGCGCCGCUGUCAUGUCUACAUUGUCGUCGGACAACCACCGUAACCUAAAAUCUCCGGCUUCUAAACAAAAUACGUCGACUAAAUUCCUCACGUUGCCUACGAUCUUAACAAUCGGACGGGUUGCGGCCAUUCCUGUUCUCGUUAGCACUUUUUAUAUGAAUAGUCGGCUGGGGACAACUGCUACCACAAGCAUCUUCAUUGCUGCAGCAAUUACAGACUGGCUUGAUGGGUAUCUUGCACGAAAAAUGAACCUAGGAACCGCAUUUGGCGCAUUUUUAGAUCCAGUGGCUGAUAAGCUUAUGGUUGCCACUACCUUGGUCUUGUUAUGUACAAAACCUCCAGAAGCUGCUAUGAUUGGACAAUUGCCUUGGUUAUUGACUGUACCAUCAAUUGCAGUAAUUGGCAGAGAGAUAACAAUGUCUGCAGUUAGAGAGUGGGCUGCUUCUCAGGGUAAUAAACUUUCAGAGGCUGUUGCUGUAAAUAAUUUGGGGAAGUGGAAAACAGCCACACAAAUGACUUCAUUAACCAUUCUUCUUGCAGUUAGAGAUAACAGUUUUACAGAGGUAGGGCUUCUGGGAGCAUCUGGUGUUGCUUUACUUUACGUAUCGGCUGGGCUAGCUGUAUGGUCAUUGGUUGUGUAUAUGAAGAAGAUAUCGAAAGUAAUGCUGAUGUAAACUCUUAAAAAAAAACCUUAACGACAGCCGGCUUCAACCCCCUCACUUCACACCCGAAGCUGCUGUUUUUUUACCAAGUUUUCUUAUAUUUUGCCACAUACUAUAUAUGCUGCUAUAGAUUUCCGUUGGUCGUUCAAAUGUCGUCCUCAUGUUGAUGUUUUUGUUCUACCGAGGAAAAACAACGUAAUAUAAAAUUGAAUAAUUUUUUGAUGUUAAUUUGCUGUGACAUAUGAGGCACAGUUUUAUUAUGUUUCAUUGCUUGUAGAUUUGAUACAAACCAGAUUCCUGAGCUCUAUAUUGUAUUUUGAGAAGUGUUAUAUACUUUAUUACGAAUCACCAGAGUAUUAUCCGUUUGUUGUU